AGAACUAUGAUUCUCUAGAAUCAAUAACACAACGAUUGAUAUCUAAACCCUACUCAUGUCUGUUAAAACCUCGCCUGUGCAAGAUGUCACCUAUGACCUGACAGCACUUAAUCAAAUCAAACAUUUCAAGCUCCAAUUAACCAACCUACUCAAUCAGAGCUUCACGGAUCCAGCCUUACUUUUAGGCUUAAACAGUGUAAUUCUCCCUAAAUUCACUGAUUGGACAACUAAAGACUUUGAUAACUACUAUAAGCUACUUGAAGUUGAUUGUGUGAGUAACCAAGUGGAAUUUAAUACCAUCAAGUUUCUCGACACCCUUUGGAUGAAUUUCCAUUAUCCGAUCAUCAAGUUUUUCAAAUUAAAGCAUAAGGAAAUGUCUCCUAUUGAUAGUCAAGCACUUUCCAAAAACGAUCCUCCAAAACUAAGAACUGUUGAAAUUAGGAAGAUCAAUGAUUUUUUCAUCAAAUUCACUAAAACCACGUACGGUUUUUAUAGUGAUAUCCUUCAAUACUUUUCAACGAAUUUCCAGAAUCCUUUACUUCCAAGUUCAUUUCUCAAACAUUUUAACUAUGAGUUGAAUAAUAGAGCUCGAGAAACUCAUAGCCCCACUUUACAGGCCAAUUUGUUGUAUGUGAUGCACAAAUGUCUCUUAUGUCUUGGAGACCUUUUGAGACAUCGUUCAUUUAUUGAAACGAACUAUGUGUUACCCAAUAUUUCCAUCAAAAACUAUUUUCAGUUUAAGAGCAAGACAGGUUUUGCAACUGGAAAAUUGUUGGAAUACUAUCAUCCAUCAAGUGUUAUGUACAAUCUUUGUAUCCAGUUGCUACCUGCUCUUAACGAACCUUAUAACCAUUUGGGGAUGAUUCAUAAUAUGUCCAAUGACAAAAUGACAGCCAUUUACUGGUUUUUAAGAGCAAACUUCACUAGACUAAGUGGUUAUAAACUAGGGCUUACAAAUCUCAAUAACUUACUUGUUCAACCUUGGGUUAAGUUGGAUUUAAGUAACCUUUUAAGGGCGAGAUCCCCAAACCAUGGAAGCAUUACCAACGAUCAAUUGAAUUUAAUGCUCACUUCCAUCAUAUGUUACCAUUAUCUUCCUGAAAAGUACCGAUUACCGGGUAAUCGGAUUUUGGGUAAUUUAAAAGUUGGAAAACUUGAGUUCAUCUUUUUAAGCUUAAACUUCAAUGAGAAUGUUUUCCAGCGCAGUCAGAAGUUUACGUGUGGAGUACCUUUAGAGGACUUCUAUUUGUUUCAAUUGACGCUAUUGAUAUGUUUUACCCGGCUUAUGAACACUCCUAGUUUCUCAAAAUUUGUUAACAUGUAUUUGGAGUUUUAUCUCAAAUCAUUGAAUGAGCCUAAAGAAAGUACCAUUACCAAGAAUAGUUCCGCAUUGAUGUGCAUUCGAUUGUUGCUUAACUGGCUUCUGCUGCAAAACAAGCGAUUUCUUAGCUUGAGCAAUGUGAAAUUGCUUGGAGAAGUGAUGAAUAAAAUGGUUGGCGAUUAUACAGUCGAUGACUUAACCACUAAACCUAUUAGAAACUACUAUUUUGCCGAGGAUAUCAUGUUUAAAGACUUCAAACUCGUACUGCACCAACUCAAGGAUUUCAAUGAUAAUCACUUGUUUGAAGCGAACAAUAUUGACCUUUUGAAUAAUAACUUCAGCUCUUUGGUUGUCGAUGGAGUACCCAUUUUCCUUGACAAUACUUUCAUCAAAGAGAACCAGUUCAAAAGCGAUGAUGCGUUCAUUCAAUCUGAAGUUCAAAAGUACGAAAAUACAUCUAGGGUUUUGGCAGUGUUAAGUCAGUUCUAUGAUCUUUUCCAAGAUAAGUUUACCUUCAAUGGUAAUUUUGUGAUGAAGAAGUACGAACGUAAGAUCAAGAUUAUGCAACAGAAGCCUCAUGGUUCAAUACAUCGGAACAAACACCCAGAACCCCAAGAGCUUGACCAAUCCCACGGAGAAAUAAUUAUAUCUUCUAUAGAGGGCCAUACAAAACCUCCAGUGAACCACGAUUCAAGUGGAUCAGAGGAAGAAAAUGGACAUGCCAUCCAAAAUGUAAUUGACGACGAAAGUCAGCACGAAGAAUCAGAUAAUGAUAUGAUGCCUGACACGUCAAUCGAUGAAAUUGAAGAGUUUAUCCGUCACCAUACAACUCAGCUUCAAUCUCAAAUGCAACAAGAGGAAAUCUUGACAUCCACCUCAAACCCAGCUCCCCCUUCAACUCGGGGCAACUCUGAUUCUUGGGAGGCUGAGGUGGCCGCUACUCCCGUCACCAGCCAAACCUCAACCCAAGAGAAUUAUAGCACCGCCAACAGUGGUACGCAAAGUCCUGCCACUUCUUUUCCCAUUGGUGCUAUGAGCAUGGCUCCAGGUUCGGCAAUGCAUACGUUCGCGAAUAUGGCACCACCAAAUAUGGUCCCAUAUUCUGGAACCGGGUUGCUUGUCCCUGGGCCCAACUUAAUACCAUAUGCGUACCCUUCUGCGGUCCCCGCCCAACCCGGGAUGCCUCCAGUGCAAGCUCAAUACUGGCAGUUCCAUUAUUCGCAGCCACCCCCGUUCCCCGGCCAAUUUCCUCCUCCAAAGAUGGGUAUGAACCCGAACCAACAACCAAUUUUCCAACCUCCCUUCCCACCAAAUUCACAAUUCCCUCCUCCAGAUCAAUCAUAUCCUCCUAACGCUAAUUUUGAUUCUGGCUGGCACGGCCCAUAACUGGGUCGUUUAGCGUAUGAGCGUGCGAGCUGCAACCGCGCAUCAAAAAAAUUUCAAAUUAACUUUAGAUCCGGACAAUAUAUAAGAUAUACUGUCACAGCUGUAUUCCCCAAAACAGGUUUUUAAGAUGUCCAGCAUCACCCACCGUAAGGCUAAUAAAACAUUCACAUUCACCACCCCGGCAGCAGAUGCUCUGAUCGAAGUGUUGAAUGAAUUCUACUGGACUAAUGAACUCGAACCACAUUUUCUAAGAAGAAAGCACAUAUUGGCCAAACACCCUGGUGUAAAAAAACUAACGGGUCAUGAACCACUUACGAAAUGGCUAGUGAUACUUGUGGUGAUUUUGCAGGUAUCAACUGCAUAUUAUUUAAAAGAUACUCAUCCACUCACAGUUAAAUUCUUCCUAUUGAGUUAUAUUAUAGGUGCUACUGCCAAUCAAGCCAUUUUCCUUGCUAUCCAUGAGCUUUCCCAUAACUUACUUUUCCGUAAGCCACUUCAUAACAAGUUGUUUGCCAUAGCAGUCAACUUGCCGAUUGGUGUUCCUUAUAGUGCCUCAUUUCAACCUUACCAUCAACUACAUCAUAAGUUCUUGGGUGACGAAUAUUUGGACACGGAUCUCCCCACCAAACUUGAAGGAAUGUUGUUUUCAAAUGUCUUGGGCAAGGUUUUCUUUACUACUUGUCAAAUUUUUUUCUAUGCUUUAAGACCAAUGUUCAUCACCCAAAUUAAGUUUACAUAUAUUCAUUUGAUCAAUGUGGUAUAUCAAAUCGGAAUUGAUUAUUUGAUCGUUACUUACUGGGGUUGGCAUUCCAUGUUUUACUUUUUGAUGAGCAGCUUCUUGGCCGGUUCAUGGCACCCUUGUGCUGGCCAUUUCAUCGCUGAACACUAUGUCUUGAAUGAAAAUAACAUUCCAAAACUUGAAGCAAAAGGCGAAGCAUCCAAAACGUAUGUUCCAAAAGAGCUCUUACCAGCAGAAACUUACAGUUACUAUGGUCCUUUAAACUGGCUUACUUGGAACGUGGGUUACCAUAAUGAACAUCAUGAUUUCCCUUAUAUUGCAUGGACUCGGUUACCAAAGUUAAGAGCUAUGGCCAGUGAGUUCUACGACCCAUUGCCACAAGUCCACAGUUGGACCGGGGUGAUUAUAUGGUUUGUAUUAAAUGACGUCAAUCUGUUGUGGAAUCGUGUCAAACGGUCUGGGAAAGAGAAAAGUGGUAAAAAGGUUGGCCGUUUAGACGUAAACUCCUAAAUAUUUGAAUCUAUAAGACAAGAAUAUGAAACUUUAUAAACAAGUAGAGAGGUUUAUAAACCUUUGAUCAAUCUGGUGAUUUCAUCCAUUCCAUCUUUGUUUAAAGCAUCUAAUUUCUCCUUCACGUAGUCAACCAAGGUUCCUGCUUCAAUUAACUCACCUUCAUCACUAUCAUUUCCUUGGUUCAAUAAUUUGAUUCUUAAUUUACCUGCUGGGAACUCUUCUUUACCCAAUAUCACCGCUACUGAUGCACCAGACUUUUCAGCAGCGUCGAAUUGUUUCCGGAUAUUGGCUUUGGCCUUGUAUAAAUAUUCGCAGUUGAUGUCAUUAUCCCAUAAUUGUUUGGAAACUGACAUUCUUUCUUUCAAGAACCCGUUCCAGCCUUCACCACCCCCAAAAGCCAUGACGUAUACUUGAGUCUGUGAAGCACUCUGGUUCACCAACUGCUUUGCAAUUCUGGUCUUGAUGAUAGAAAAUAAUCUUUCGACUCCGAAUGAGAUUCCAACACAUGGAAUAGACUUUCCGUUGGAAAACAUCCCCACUAAACCAUCGUAUCUUCCACCAGCAGCAAUAGAACCAACACCAACAUACUCUGAAGCAUCUUCAUCUUCUUUUCCCUUAGCCUUAGCCUUCAAUUCAACGGCAUUUUUGGGGGGAGCAGAGGCACCCGUAACAGCUUCAUAAAUCAAACCAGUAUAGUAAUCCAAUCCUCUGGCCAAAGACAAGUCGAAGGAAAUGCGGUCAUUGAUAUCAAAAGCAUCAACGUAGUCUGCUAACACAGACAUUUCUUUGAUACCAGUCUGGGCACUUUCGUUCGACGCUAAAAUCUCACUCUUCUCCAAAAGAUUCAAAACUUCUCUGAUGGUACCUUUUAACUUCACGAACUCACCAAUUCUAUUAGCUACAUCUUCCGAUUGGUUCUUCUCUUCAAUCAUUUCCUUUUUAACGGCUUCCCAGGGAGCUUUGUCUAACUUAUCGACUGCACUACUUAUUCUUCUCACGUCUUCAUCCUUCACACCACAACUCUGGAAAAUUCCAUCCAAAAUCUUUCUGUGAUUCAAUUUAAUUUUGAAGUCCUUGAUUCCCAAACCGCUUAAUCCUUCAACAAGAAUAUUCAAAAUCUCUGAGUCUGGUACCAUCAAGUCGUAGUUUCCAGCAAUAUCGAAAUCACACUGAUAGAACUCUCUCAUUCUUCCUUUAGUCAUGGCAGGUUGGUCCCUUCUGUAGACUUUAGCAAUGUGGUAUCUCUUAAUGCUGGUAAUGUUGUUUGCAGCCACGAAUCUAGCAAAUGGAACUGUCAAAUCGUAACGUAAAGAUGUCAAUUCACCACCUUGAUCUUCUAAAUUGUAGAUCAAUUUAGAAUCUUCCCCAUACUUUCCAGUCAAAAUCUCUCUCAAUUCGAAAACUGGAGUGUCAAUUGUCACACCUCCAUGUCUCUUGAACAUGGAACUUAAAGAACCAAAAAUACCUUCUCUGAUCACCAUAUCUUGAUCAGCCCAGUCUUUAGUACCCUUUGGUACUUUCAACACAAACUGGCUUGAGUCAGCUGCCUUUUUGGCAUUUUUCUUACUGAUCUUUGUACCAGCUUUUUUAGAAGCCUCUCCUAUGUUCGAGUUGCUUGUUUGAGAUUCUGCUGAUUGCAAAGCUUCCUUUAUGGCCUCUUUAGCGUUGCUUGUGGUCGACAUUUUCUUUAUACUAUUAAAAAGCGGUCUGAAUUGAAGCAUAC